AUGCACUUAUCGAGCCUCAUCUUCCUACUCCCCGUCCUUAAAGUAUCAGAAGUAGCAGCUGUAGCAGCUCCUACCCCUCCCACUUCGUCUUUAGGUCCCGUCGUCGACUUGGGGUACGCUGCAUACGCUGGAAACAGCACCUCUCCUUCCGGGAUCCUCAAUUCCAACGUAACUUUCUUCGGCGGUAUACCCUACGCCGAACCGCCACUUGGGGAUCUUCGAUGGAGGGCACCGAAGAUGUUAGAUGAAAAUAUUGUGGCUGGUACAGUCACAGAUGCAAGAAACUGGGGUCCGCCGUGUAUUCAAACCCCGGCUAUGGUGGGUAUAGGAUCAGAGGAUUGCUUGACGUUGAAUAUCUGGAAACCAACGAAUCCGUCUGCCGAAGAUAAACUCCCCGUGGCGGUUUAUAUUCAUGGAGGAGGUUUCUAUGCUGGUUCUCCUCAAGGUUUCCCCCUCUACGACUGGGUAUCUCAACAUCCAACAGGUCUCAUCGGCGCAUCUAUCACCUACCGACUUGGGAUGCUUGGCUUUUUCGCAGGACCUGACAUCGACGGUGCAUCCGACAACAUCGAUUUGAACGUCGGCCUUCUUGAUCAGCGAGCGGGUUUAGAGUGGCUGAAGAGACAUGUUAGCCAGUUCGGUGGGGAUCCGGAGGAUAUGACGAUCAUCGGUGAGAGCGCUGGGGGUGCAAGUAUAGUUAUGCAGGUCACGGCGUAUGGAGGUACGCUGCCAUUGUUACUUUUGAAUACACCGCCUGUUCCCUUCGAACGUGUCGUCGCAGAAUCGAUUGGUUUCGGACCUACCAUGACCAAUGCUCAGAUCGAGGAAUAUACUAACGCUUCUGCCAGUUUUGUUGGCUGCCCGACAUCUGGGAAUGAGAUGUUUGCAUGCAUGCGAAAUGCAUCCGUAGGCGCAAUCGUUGGCGCCAUCAACUCCAUCCCAGCAGGCAAAUUUGCUCCAGUCGUUGAAGGACCAGGCGGAUUCAUGCCUGACCUUCCUUCCCGGUUGAUUCAUUCAGGUAAUUUCAGCACUGUGGAGUCUGUUAUCGCAGGUCAUUGCACUGGGGACGGGAAAACCUUUGCCGGAGGCUCUCCUGACCAAUUUGUAACCGAUGAGAAUAUAAAGGAUAUUGUGUUUUCCAGGUGGCCAGGAGUUUCCAACGAGACACAAGAUCUGGCAUUGGCGAUGUAUCCAGCUCCGAACACAACAGAUCCAGAAAUCACUUCAGAGUGGGACCGUGCUUGGUUGAUGGCAGGCGAAAUUAUUUUUACAUGCAUGGAUUGGCUUUUGGCGGAAGCCACGCUGAAUCGCAGUGUCGAGUCUGUGUUCUCUUACGCGUGGAAUGCCCCAGACACUGUACUAUUUGACGCUAAACCCUACUUAGGCGCAAUGCAUACCUCGGAUUUGUAUUUCUUGUUCGAUGGAAAUUCUUUCACAGCCUUCAAUGAAAGUGAAUCAGCAUUGUCAAGGGAGGCCAUCGCAUAUUGGACCUCAUUUUCCCAAUCUGGAGAUCCUUCGUUGUCGAAGUUGUCUACUUCACCUGCAUGGGAGGUUUUCGCACCUUUGGGGAAUGUCUCGAACACGUUCAGCGACCUUGACAGCAUCAAUGCGACAAGGCAAAGACUUCUCAUCGCACGGGGAAACGAUAUCGCCAUCACAGCAUCUCAGAUGCAGUUUAUAUCGAGUGCGGAAAGAGAAAGGUGUAUGUUCUGGAUGAGCGAAGGUGUGACAAAUCAGACGCGGGUGUAG